AUGUAUAAAAUUCGUGAUGAUAGUAUAAAACCAAGACAAUUUCUCGGUACAGAUUCCGAAGAUGAAAUAAAAGCUAUAUUUACAGAGCAUCAGGGACAUUCACUACAUGAAAUCAUUGAUGGAAAUGAUCCACUUCGUCCCUUUAUUGAUUUUGAUUUAUCUCAAGAAACACUAAAUAAAAUCGAACCAAAACUUACAUAUUGGGAUAUUAAAACCUUAACUAUUGCCAAUAGUAGUGAUCAGAAAAAAAUGUCAUACCAUAUAUCAACUUUCGGACUUCAGCUCAAAAAUAUCACCAAAGUUGCAGUGUUUACUAAGCUUGUCCAUAAAAAACUUCCAAUAGGUUUACAAGCCAAUGGAAUUGUUGAUAAUAUUGCAAAUAAAAGUUCAUUCUCCUUACGAAUGCUUGGAACACCAAAGAUUAUCAAAGAAACCAAUGAGCAUGUUCAUCCAAAGAGAGCAGUUAUACCUAAAAAUGGUACCAUUUUCGACUUUAUGCUUCGUCCUUCUCAUAAUGAUGCAGAAAUAAAAGAUAGUCCUAUCUUGGAAACACUGAAAGAAAAAACAUCAAUCGAAAAUAGGUCAAUGCCAAAAAAAAAUAAAAUCGAUGCCGGAAGCAUUGGAUCUGAAGUAGAAUACAUAGAAAAAUUACUUGAGGAGUAUAAAAUCGAAGGUUUUGGAGUAUUAUAUCCUUUACCUACACUUCCAAAUAUAUUCCCUCUAAAUCGUAUAGCAGAAUCUCAAUGUCCACUCUCAGAUCAAGAAACACAGACAGGCACAAAAAAACCCUCAUUAAAACUUACUUUAAAUGCAUUAGUCUUGGAACAGAAAAACAAUAAACGAACAUGGAUUCUCAAACACAGAAAACCGGACAGUAAAUUAUACUUUGGUAUGGCACCUACUCUAGAUUUCAGUAAAAUAACUAUUAAUAUAGUAGAACUUGAAGGAGAACCAAUAAAAUUAAUCUCUUUGAUAGAUCGUAUAUAUGACAGCAAGGCGAUUAUGUAUGAUAAUAUCGAUUUCUUACCAUAUUCACCUAAUAUAGAGCAACCAAAAAAUAAAUUUUUCAACCUCUUCUUAGGGUUCAAGGCCAAACCAGCACUUCAAAUUAAUUAUGAUCUUGUAAACCCAAUAAUCUGGCAUAUAGAAAAUAUCUGGUGUGCCAGGAAUAAGGUUCUUUCCAUAUACGUUCUCAAGUGGUUGGCAUUUUUAGUUCAGUAUCCAGCAAAAAUUCCAGGAACACUUGUAUAUUCAACAUCCGAUUUGGGUAAAAUUUUGGGAAAAUUCAACAGUAGUAUUCAAGGACAAGAUUACGUCUCAAUUGAACGCAAGGGUCUUGAAAAUCAAGAUUGUGGACAUUUUCCCAGAUUUAUAGUAUUAAGCAAUCAUGAUGCACCAAUUCGUGUUGAGCAAGGAGAUGGGCGUAUUGUAUGUUUAGAUGUUUCACCACGCUGUAAGGACCAAAUUGAAAAACCAGGUUGUGCUAUGUUAUAUCAGGAGUAUCGCACAUGGUGUGAAACCAAUGGUGAAAAGCCAUUCAGUAAUAAUAAUUUUGGAAAAAAAAUCCCACAAGUUAACAUUGAACGAAAAUGUGCUAGUGGUGGAAAAAGAGAAUGGCAGUAUAUUCUUAACCGAUUCAAGAUUAUAGUAAAAUUACGAGAAUCAGUUAAUAUCCCUGUAUUCGAUGUUCCAGAAAUCGUAACUCCAGAACUAGAAAAAAAUAUAACCGAGUUAUCAGCUACCAAUCGCAUCAAAAAAAGCAAGGAUUCAUCACCUGUUCCUAUUCUACCAGUUACUAACGAAACCCAGGCUCUCUUCGAUUCAAUAAUAGAACAACCAGAAAGUUCAGUUGUUUCGUCGUCCAAGUCUACCAAUAUAUCUCUGCCUCCCGAAAUCGAACAUGUAGAAUCUGUAGACAAUGAAGUUGAAUCUUCAGAAAUUAUCGAAGAAUUGGUAGAAGAUGAUCCCGAUUUAUUAAUGAAUGAUGAGCCUGAGAUAUCUCCUGACUUACCAGCAAAUGAUGAACCAAAAUCCAGCAACGAUUCACCCUCCUUGCAGAUAUCAUAUCCGCCAGGAUAUCAAACCAGGAAGCAAUGA